UGGGAUGUGAAUGUGAGGUCGGUGCGAGGAGCGCUGGAGCAUAUCCCAAUUCGAACCAGAGGGGGCUGACCAGAGACAGUGGGAGAGGUUAUUAGUGCGACUGUGCGAGAUCAAUGUGUUCGUGUAUGAACAUCAUUCCAGUUCCACCCACGUUUUCUUUUUUCCCUUUUUCUAUUCUUUGCAAACCACCGGAAUCAUGUGUUUCCGGCAUCGUAGAUUUUUCCUGCAAACAGAGCCCGUCGAACUUUGGUCCUCUUACUAAUAUUUCUGCGUCGUGUCUGUGACUGAAAGGGAGAGAAAGAGAGAGAAUAUGGAGAAAGACGGUGGUUUUCUGCAGGUAGCUACAGAAAGGCUUCGAGGUGGAGAAUGGUGUCAUGAGAUCGAUCGCCUCUCUCGUCAAGGCCUCGAGAUCGUCCUAAUCAAGAAGGGAAUGAUUCGAUGCAACUUCGUCCUGCCCAGACACCUAUCUGAUGUAAAUGGAAAUUGGCAUGCAGGAGCGGUGGCAUCUCUGAUCGAUAUUGUUGCAGCCGCGGCUAUAACGUCUGUGACGGGGACCAUCAACGUCACCGUUGAUUUUAAUAUAUCCUACUUUUCAACGGUUAAGAUCAACGAGGAAGUGGAGAUUGAAGCCAAGGUGGUAGGAAAUCAAGGGAAGUUUGUAUCAGUGACGGUGGAAAUCAGAAGGAAAGAUAAUGGAGAGUUGGUUGUUUCCGCCAAGCAGUGGACGGUUUUAACCAAAUUGAGUCCGGCGAUGACUCCUCCAAGCAAGCUUUGAAUCAUUUACUGUCUCUGGGCGGUAGACAUAUCCAUCGUAAGCGUCACUAGUUACAGUCUCCAUGACUCCAUCCUCCUGUAACUCCUGUUUGUCGAUUACUUAAUUGCCCUUGGCCUUUAGCUAAGUUCUAGCUCUUCAGUUGAUGUUUGGCACUGCAAUUUUUGAUGUGGGUUUCUAUACACAGAUGUUGUGGCUGUUUGGCUCUGGUAUGGAAUACAUGGUUCAAUUUAAUGCCUGACUAUUGAAUUCA